GCCCGCAACCCAGGCAUGUGCCCUGACUGGGAAUCGAACCAGUGACUCUGCUUCACAGUCUGGAACUCAAUCCACUGAGCCACACCAGCCAGGGCCAGACUUGCUUUCAGAAGGAUCUCUGGUAGCCAGUGCAGAGAAAGAAAUAGGGUAACACUGGAGCAAGGGAGGCCUGUGAAGCUCUUGGAAAUGUUGCCUGGCUCCAGAUUGUGAGGCCUGAAUUAGGGUAGUGACAGCAGAGAUGGAAGACACUAAUAUGAAAUGUAACAGGAAGUAAAAUCAGUAGGAAUCAGUAACUGGCGAGAUACUGUGGGGAGAAAGGAAUGGGGGUGGGGUAUAGCACUGAUGGGCCAUCCCACCUCACCCUUUCUCCAGAUGUUUAACCUAAACCUGCCACCAGAUCCCAAGGAGGUGGCAGCCAUUGAGGCUAGAAGAAAUCGAGAGAAAGAACGACAGAACCGAUUCUUUGAUGUGCGGACCCGAGUCUUAGGGGUGGAUGUUGGAGCCCUGAACAGCCAGGUGGAAGAGCGGAAGCUUUGGGAGGCCACGGAGCGGAGCAAGGAGGCAGCUUACGGUGCCACCCAGGUACACUAUGACUUGGUAGCCCAGAUGCUAGAGAAGAAAGAGGAAGAACGAAAACGUCAACUGGCCAAAAAUGUCCACGAGUUUCAGGAGCAGAAGCAGCAGCUCGAGAAUUGGCAUGAAUUUCACCUUUGGGACCCAAACCAACCCUGGAAGGGGUUUUUAGCCUGUCAGAGUAACAAUAAGCCCCACUGUGGCCCAGCCAGCAUGCAGUCCCUCUCUAGGGAGGACUUGGACAGGGCCACGUGCCGGAGAAUGCAGCAGGAGGUCAGGCACAGCCUGGAGAAGCAGGUGAAGGAGCAACAGCAAGCCAGGGAUGAAGAAAUGAGUGCAGAUGAGCUCAGAGAAAAGCUGCACCUAGCAGUGGACAUGCGGGCCACCCAGCUGGCCAAGCUGGAGGAGUCCUGUUGCACAGCCAUGAGGUAUGCCGUGGCCAACGCCAACAAAGCCCAGGCAGCUGAGCAGGCUGAACGAAAGCGCCAUGAGCAUCAGCGUGAACAGGCGGCCAACUUCAAGGAGAUCCAGCACCAGGUCAAAAGUGACCUACUGAAAGGGAAACCCCAGAUCACCCAACACUCUGAGGCUCCCUCCCGGGCCCUGCCCCAUUUCUGGAAGGGUGCGAACCCAGAGCAGCGAUCUGUCAUCAAGAAAUCCCAGGAGGCGCAAUGUCGUGAAAAGGAGGCACAGCGCCAGGCUGAACGAGCACUGGAUGCCGAAUGGGAAAGCCAGACCAUUAACCUGGCCCAAGCAGCCAUGGAGCUAGAAGAGCAGGAGAAGGAACUGUGUGCUGAAUUCCGGAGGGGGCUGGGCUCCUUCAACCAACAGCUGGCUCAGGAGCAAAGAGCCCAGCAGGAUUACCUGAAUUCAAUAAUCUACGCCAAUCAACCUACAGCCCAAUAUUACCUACAGUUCAACACCAGCAGCCGCUGAGCUCAAGAUGGUCAUCUCUCCUUCCCUCCACCCCAUCGAGCACACAGAAACUAAGAGUCAAAGAGGAAAAUGCUACAGACCCCCUACCACAAUCCAUUCCCCAGAGGGAGAGAGCUGAGCCAGUAUACCCAUCUUUGAGCCGAGGUAAUAAAAUUGU